CCUGCAAGGACGAGAACCUGCGCAUGCUCGCGCCGAUCAUUGCCGCUUACCUCGCCCAGAAGGACACGUUGCGCAACGCCUCGUCCGAGUCCAACUACGCCGCCCUGUGUCGCUCGCUCUCGUCCGACGUCGAGACGCCCUGGGUCCGCGCUAUGUUCGCCUUCCUCGCCACGAGCGACUGGCGCGAGCUCGUCGACGAGAUGGGCCUGCCGCUCAAGGACCGCGUGGCUGUCGCUCUCAGGUUCCUGUCCGACAGCGAGCUCAUUCCGUUCCUGCAAGAGCUCGGCGACGAGGCGCUCUCGUCGUCCGACCUCGAGGCCGUCGUCCUGUUCGGCCUGCGCAACGACGGCCUCAAGCUCUUGAGCGCGUACGUCGACCGCUCGGGCGACGUCCAGACGGUCGCCCUCGCGUGCAGCUUCACGUCGCCGGGCCUGAUCCGCGCCGACAUGCGCGUCCAGCGGUGGGUCGAGACGUACCGGGCGCAGCUCGACCGCCUGCAGCUGUACGCCGCACGCGCCAUGUUUGACGCCGCGCGAGGUCGGCGAGCGAGGGCGGCGUUCGAGCAGGCGAGGCUGGCGGGCAGGAACGCCGAGGCCAAGGAGGUCGCCGGCGCGAUGAGGAGGACGGCGCCGCCGCAGAUUGUCGUGCGGUGUCAGUUCUGCGCGACCAACAUUGCGCCGUCGAAGGGUGCAGGCAUGCUCGGCGAACUGAACGAGGGCGGGAGGAGCACGGGAGGGCAGCUCGGCAUCAAGUCGACGCUCUGUCCGUCGUGCAGCAAACAGGUCCCGGCGUGCUGCAUCUGCCUCGAGCGACCAUCGCUGCACUCGUUCGACGCCCACGGCCCUGCGACCCUCUGCUGGUGCCAGCGGUGCCGGCACGGCGGGCACGCGUCGCACCUGCUCGCCUGGUUCGAGACGUCCGAGGUGUGCGCCGUCGCCGGGUGCGACUGCGAGUGCAACAGUGGCAGGUAGACGAGCUGGCGAGGCUGGGGAAUGUGGGAGCAAGCCGUGCACGGCGGUCGUGUUGUCAUAUCAGCUCUCCUUCCAUGUU